GCCUAGAUGGGUCCUUUGGAACUUGGUUGGAGGUUUUCAGCCUAGAACCUUUUUUCUGGGUGGGCACUCAAGUCCCUCGUCGUCUUGCCCAAGUUCCCAAAGGGAUGGGAGGAUGCAGUCUGAGCUCCAGACCCUGCUCUUCCUGGUGUUUCACGGCGUUGAAGCUGACUACGUUGCCCCCCACCCCGCCCCCUUGUCUGCCUGCUGGAAAAGGCAUCAUCCCUGUCCCUGGACGAGGCCUGCACGAUGCUGGCACUCAGAGAAGGCGCAGUGCAGAAAUGCGGACAUUCCCUGCUGCUAUCCUUCCCGGAGAGAAGCCUCUCAAACCUCACCACAAUGUGCUCCAUCUAUCAGAUGUUCACGUCAGCCCAGCACGUCCUGGAUCAGCAGUUCACUAGCACUCUGUGUCCCAUCUUGGGAACCUGGCCUGAGCAGACACGGCAGGAUAUCGGGCAGUCCCUGCACAGUGCCCACGUGGAGGUCAAGGGGGCCUAUGUGCACCUCACGUGGCAUGACCGGGACCUGAACACCCAUGCCCCCGUUCUGCUGAGGCAGCGCGAACUUCUGAAGCUCACAGAGGCUGAGGCGGAGGCUGAGCCGGCCAAAGAGCCUCCCGUGGAGCGAGAGGCAACCCUGGCUCUGCAUCAGCCACCACCUUCAGGGUCCGAGCCAGCCUGCCCUCCACCGGCCGCUCCAGAACUGGAACAGGGGCUCCUAUGUUAUCAAUGCUCGCUGGGUCCUGAGGCACAGACAGCUGGGCCAUCGGCCUGCCCGGGAGUUUGCACGCCAGCUGUCUCCGGUGCCACUGGGCCCGCUCCAGCCGCAGAGGCGUCCUGCCAACCCAAGAACCGGCUCAAACAGAAGGAGCCUGACCUCCUGGACUUCCCUCCCAGGCUGGUGGCAGAGCAGCUCACCUACAUGGAUGCGGAGCUGUUCAAGAAGGUGGUGCCCCAUCAGUGCCUGGGCUCCGUCUGGUCCCGGAGGAACAGGCCUGGCAACGAGCACCUGGCACCCACAGUCCGGGCCACCAUCGCCCAGUUCAAUGCUGUGGCCAGCUGCAUCGUCACCACGUGCCUUGGCAACCCAAGCAUGACAGCCCGGGACAGGGCCGUGGUGGUGGACCACUGGAUCCGGGUGGCCAAGGCCUGUCAGAUCCUGGGGAACUACUCCUCCCUGCAUGCCAUCCUCGCGGCUCUGCAGAGUGUCCCCAUUCACCGCCUGAAGAGGACAUGGGACAACGUUUCCAGGAAGACCUUCCAAACAUACAAAAAGCUCUGCAGAGAAGACAACCCCCAGGGCAGGGAACUACUCAUCAAGGAGCGGCCCUCGAGUAAACUUGCCACCCUGGCGAGGCAGCUGCAGAGAGCGUGGAAGGGGCUGCCGAAGAAGGGUGUCGUCCCAUACCUUGGCACUUUCCUCACUGACCUGGUGAUGCUGGAUACUGCAAUGGAGGACUACCUGGAGGGCAAUGAGAUCAACCACGGCAAAAAGAAUAAGGAAUACCGAGUCCUCACGGACAUCAUGCUGCUCCAGGCGGCGGCAGAGAAUUACUGCCUAGAGCCCCAGCAUCCAUUCACGGCCUGGUUCUGGGCUGUGGAGAGGCUCAGCGAGGAUGACAGCUACAUCCUGUCCUGCCGGCUGGAGCCACGGUCCUAGCUGGCCAGCAGAACACAAGCACCAGGACAACUGGCUACAGCCACCAUCAGAGCUGAACCCGUGGCCACUGGCCGAGCAAGGAUUGCCCCUCGGCCCCUGGGCUCCUUGUGGUGCUCGAGCCCCAUCUGCUGCUCAACACCCCUUCCUCUGACCUACAGAAUUCUAUUUUGUGUGUGUGGGGGGGAAUAUUUAAUAUAAGUAAAGGGUUGUUAUUUAACAACAACAACAACAAA